CAUCAUAUUCUCAGAAAAUCUGUAGAAGUAGCGGUGAAUUUUUGUGUCAUGAAACAAACAUUUCCCAAUUCUAUCAGUGUACAGGAGAUGAAACUGGUAUAUUACAUACUUGUGCUCAAGGACUACAUUUCAAUCCAUCAGUUAAAAUCUGUGACUGGCCAGGCAGUAACUAUUGCAGUAUAGAGAGAGAUCAUUCAAAAACCACCAAGUUAAAUACUGUUGGAGCUGUUACUAAAUCACUCAGAAAGUCUGUAGUUAUCACUCACAGUGUUCCUUUCAAGCCAACUUCAACACUAAGUAAAAUUUUGUCAACCACUACUUCUAAACCAUCAACUCAUCCUCAAACCACUACUUCUAAACCAUCAAACCAUCAUCAAACUACAAAGAAACCUAAACUCACUGGUCCCUGUCGUCCAGAACAUUGCAAGUUACCGAACUGUAAGUGUCCUGGGCCUGAAAUUCCAGGCUCACUGCCAACAUAUGCAACUCCGCAGAUAAUUCUAUUGACUUUUGACGACGGAGUUGAUGAGGCUAACAUGGCUUAUUACAGACGAUUGCUUGAUUCGAGCAUAACCAAUCCAAACGGCUGUCCUAUUCAAGCAACGUUUUUUGUUUCCGGCGAUUAUACUAAUUAUAACAGUGUGAAAGAAUUAUAUCAGCAUGGACAUGAGAUAGCAUCUCAUAGUAAAACGCAUAAACUUCCUGUUACUUACUGGUGGAAUGCCAAUCGUGUGAUUUAUACCAAUGAAAUAGUUGGCAUGAAACAAGAGCUUUGUAUGAGGGCAAAUAUUUUCGAAAGCGAUAUUCGAGGAAUGCGCUCACCGUUCCUUGCAUUGGGAAAAGAUGCCCAGUUCGAAACUUUGGAAACCUAUAGAUUUAAAUAUGACAGUUCGAUGGUAACAGGAUCAGUUGCUACUACUGCAGAGGUACCAACAUGGCCCUUUACACUUGAUUACCCGGUUAAGAAAAAAUAUUGUACACUUAGAAACUGCCCAGAGAAAUCAUAUCCAGGAUUAUGGGAAGUCCCACUUAUACGUUGGUACAAUAACAGAGGAGGUGCUUGUUCAAUGCCUGAUGCAUGCAGAGUUUCUAGCAACCCUAGAACUGUUCUACAAUUCUUGAGAGACAAUUUUAAUCGUCAUUACAAAAGAAAUAAGGCGCCUUUCGGUAUAUUUUUGCAUUCACCAUGGCUUAUGAAAAAUUUAAACCCAUUGAAGCAAUUUCUGAAAGAAGUUUCUCGCAAUAAAGAUGUAUGGUUUGUGACUGUGUCUCAAGCGUUGCAAUGGAUUCAGAAUCCAGUUCCAUUGAACAAUAUUUCUCAAUUCAGAAGUUGGAACUGUAAAUAAACUUGUGAAAAAAAAAAAAAGAAAAAGCAAAGUGAUGGGUAUUUAAGGACUAAAAAUUGAACUAUUUAAGUAUUUAUUUAUUCUCAUGAACUUACCAUUCUGUGAGAGUUUUUUUUUUUUACAUUUUUUCUACAUCAACAUUUUCCAUAAAAUUUUAUUUAAUUUAUAAAGUUUUAACGCUUAACUGAAUAAAUUGAAAAACAGAAAUAUA